AUGAAGUCUAGGGAAGGCAAAAGAUCUUCCAGCCACAAGAGGCACAGCAAGAAUCCUCUCCUCGCAUCGCACUCAAAGGCGAGUGCCAGCCCUAAGGCGUCGAAGGGUCCUAGUGCCGUACAGAGCAGCGACGCGGCGCCCAAGGCCGGUGUGAGAGCGCACGGCACCAAGAAGCCGCCUCGGGUCGCAUCCUACUCUAAGGCGAGUGGCAGCACUAAGUCGUCGAAGGGACCGAGUGUCGUACAGAGUAGUGACGCGGCAUCGAAGGCCGAUAAGAGAGAGGAUGGUACCGGGAAGCCGCCCCUCGUCGCCGAACCGAGCGCUUUACGUCUGACUUCGGGCGCUGACGUUGAGAAAGGCGGCGCGACAGCGUCCGACGUGAAGACGGACAGGGCAGACGAAGCUCCCAUUAACCGCGUCCCGAGCGAACAAGCGUGGCCAAAGGAGCCUAUCGAUGACCGUUCAAUAGCUAUCGCGGAAGAUGCCGACGACAGCCAUUUUGACAGCGCUGAAAGUACACUUUUUGAGACAGCACAUACCGAAAACAAGGCGGAAAGAAAGAAGCAAAAGCCACCCUCGCAGGAAAGCGCCACGAAGGAAAAAUACAAAGGUGGGCCAAAAGACAAAGAGAUAACUUCCCCCGGGCCGUCCUCGCCAGCAGCAGAGGUACAUAACGAGGAGAAGACGCAUGCAGCGGUGAAUGGUGAAGCGGACGCGAAGGCGCCCAAGGCGAUAGACAAGAGGUCGUCCAUAAGCUUUAACAAGGUCACCGCAAAAAGCAACGAGGGCAAAAAGCCGCGUAAGAAACGUGGCCCUUCCAGAGGGAACAAAGCUGUGCAGACGAACCCAGAAGGGCAAGAGGCACCGCCAAUCACGCCCAUACACGUCCUGCUCUCGCCGUCAUCAUGCAGUCUCUGCGACAGCAACGCUCCCCCAAGCUCCUACGGAGCGAUGCAGCCUUUACAAAUUGGCAAAUAUGGCGCUGUGAUCGCCGCUCCCCCCGUGGUGACACAGGUUCAAAAACCCUCGCGUGGAGUCAAGAAGACGGUGAGGACGACGACGACGACGACGACGACGCGACGUCUUCAGGACACCGACAGAAGCAGGGCCCCGCGUUUUAAGCAGCUCAUCGAGGAGACCACAACAGAAGAAGCACAGGAGGCCGCAGACGAUCGAAAUGAUGCUGGUGGAAGCAAGGCUUCGACAUCGGGGGCCGGCAACGUCACCAGCGCUGGAGCCGUUAAGAAAACUGUGGGCACAACGCGCCGCCCGAAGGAUCGCCACAAGCAGAGAAAGAACACCGACACUUCCGACAGCGUCGAAGGGACCAUCACGGAAGUGAUCGGUCCUGCGGAAAAAGAAGGGAUACAAGCCACGCUCGAAAAGCAGCCUGACGGUGCCAAAGCAGCGGGCGCAGUUGUCGAACUGUCGUCUAAAAAGAACGCAGCAAGCGGAGCCCUGAAGAAGACCGUGAAGACCGUACGCCGUCUAAAGGACGUCGAUAGGGACCCGCGACCUCAGAAUGACUUCAUCGAGACAGUCGUCAGAGAAGUUGUCGAAGUGGAAUCUGAACCGGCUCCCGAGGAUCCGCCCACCCAGGCUGCGGCGCCCGUCAUCGCUGGAGUGGCGCGCGACGCGUCGGCCACUCAGUACCGCUACGAGGAGUCCAGGCGUCCGGCGUCGUCUCCGUACCGUGCACGUCAUGGGGUCGGUGCAGUCUACCAGCGCAUGCAGCUUCGGCCGCCUGGCUUCUGGGCAAAUCAACCUUACCGGCGUCCAGUAGCUCCAUAUUAUCGGCCUUGUCGGCACCGAGCUGUGCAGCAUAUUCCGGGAUGUCGCCUCGCUGCCUUUUCACGAAGGGCCGUUUCGUGCUGGGGGCCCCACAAUUUCUGCGGAGGACACCACGGCCCCUCGUGUCAACGACCGCCGACUGCUGCGCCAAUGGUCGCACACGCCACCUCGUCGUCGUGCCCUGGGCUGGCGGGAGUGCGCUUGCAGCCGCACUACCACGAUCACUCGCAGGCGUUGGUCUCGGCAAACACCGGCUGCGGCGCGUCUCCUUCUGUGCGGAACAGUGCACGCGUGCCCAGUCUCGGCAAUGCGAUCGACGUAAGCGAGGGCACCUACGACGUGUUCUACGACAGGGAGCCAGAUUUGGCCGCUGCAAGCCCCAGUGGCGUUCGGCACGAUGACCGUCGGCGACCGACCGAGUUCAUCUGGGAGACGCCGCCUCGGCAAGAGUUCGUCUACUACAGCUGCGUCAACGUCGCGGUAGCACCUACAGCGCCCGCUGCCAAUGGUCAGUUCGGUCGUCCUACCGACAACGACGUCAACAGCGACGCCAACGGCCACAACCGAGACCGUGUCGACGCUAGGGCUGCGCGAGCCGCCACUGAACUCAGCAUGGCCGCUGGGCCCCAGGUGACAAGGAUGUCUCCCGAAGAGACCCUUUUUCCCCUUUGCCCAUAGGUUGAGGCUGUAAGGAAAUGCUUCCGAUUGGCUGGUUGAAACACGCGGUCACUCUCAGGCACAUGACAUGAAUGGAUGUAUCUGCGUGGUGUAGCUGUACGAACGAUGC